AAAGAACAGGAAAAAGGGAUUACAGUACUUCUCUUUAGCGAGAUGUGAGAUGUAGGGCAGUACGAUACCAUGACAUAGGAAGCCCAUCAUGUAGUGUAGGAUGAUCAUGCAAAAUUGAUGUAAUUUUUAGUAUAGACUAUAUAGAAAAUUGGCGUCAAACAGAUGGGAAUGGAAUCGUUCAUAUACCUAUAUUAUAUAUAAACUGAUACUUAUUUACAUGUAACACAUGAUAGUAACCGUAAGCCAUAUUUUUGGGCUGAAUUCAGUACGUUGUGAAAGUUGUGUUCAUAGUUGUAGUUUGAUGGUUUAUACGAACCAGUGAAAAAAUAAAAAGUUGUAAAAGUGUGGUUUGUUCAGUAAUAUAACAUUUAUUGUGAUAUGUCAAGAAAAAAAGGUCUACAACAGCCGACGGAUCCAGGAAUCAAAGAAAGGGUUAGCCAGAAAAAAGGGUGGGCCGGAAAACUUGUCAGAAAACCUACAUUAUCGUAUGCGAAAAAAAAAACACACAUCACUUAAGGAGGUAGGGGGGAAGGCUUGGGCCACUCCCAAAUCCGCCCCUGUAAAAACUUAAAAUAGGUGAGGGUGCACGAAUUACCAUUCAUAUAUAUUGAAUUAACAAUGUGAGCUCUCAUCACUUGUAAAUUAAUAAAGUGAAGAGGAAUAAAAUCUUGAAGAAAGAAAAAAGAAAAGGAAAGAACAUAAAACGAGAAGACAAUUGAAUUUCAUACUCUUAUUGGGCUUCCUGUGUUUUAUGAGUCAAGCACUGUCUCAGCGGUCUCCCCCUAAAUGCAAAACAUUUUCUAACUGUUUUUGUUUUUGUUUGACUCGCAUUUUAUCAAAUUUUAUCCAAAGAAAGCUUCAAAACUAUUCAGAAUCAAAACUCCUACGAUCAAUUAUGAUAUUUUUACCUAGCCUGAGCUGCUGGAGUCAAAGGAAGUUUUAAUUAAGCGGCUUUUAGUCGAGCGUUUGGUUUGAAUGAUGGCGGACGAUGUUGAAUCUUUGACGGCUUCUCUUGUGCGAGAAUAUCUCAGCAGAAAGGGAUUGAAAAAUUCCUUGGCAGUGUUGGACCAGGAGAUGCCCAGAGAUGAGCAUAGUGUCAGUAACAGAGCUCAACUAGCAAAGGAGAUUCAUAUUGAGAGAUUGAUGAAGAAAAACAAGRAACAUACUAUCGUCUAUCGUACCAUGUUAGAGGUGAUAGUACAGUACUUCAGGGAGAAAGGGCUCUCAUCAUCUACCACUAAUGUUGCCAAGAAGGAUGCAACAGUACCUGAUACUAGUCGUCCAUCCACGGCAGGGUUUAAAUCUGCAAGAGAAAGGAGAUUGUCUGCUGAUAAAAACAGGAAAGUUAAUAAGCCAUCGGAAUUAACAGAGAAUUUUUCUGAAGACAAACUAGACUACAUUGAUCUUCUGCAGAGACUUGAAAAGUCCGAGAGGGUCUCCAAGGAAAGAGAAAUAAAAGAUGUGGUCCAUAUAUCUUCCAUUCCAUUAACAGAGAAUAUCGAUAUCCCUCCUGCCAAAGAAACAGCAUCAAGUAGUUUUACCCCCUCAAAGACUCAUCGGAGUAGAACACGCAGUGCAGGCCUGGCAGGUCCUGUCGUUAGUUCUGGUCUUGCUGGAAUGAGAGGGAAAAGACCAGGUCAUACCAAAAGACAGACAUCAGAACUGGCAAUUACUGGGCAUAAAUUCCAGGCAGUUAAAACAUCCUCUGAUGAUGUCAGUUUUAAGAGGCAUAUGGACACCUUAAACAAAGAUGAUAUUUUAUCAAGUGAAAAAGAAGAAAACACAAGAGUUUUAUCUGCAAGAAAAGAAGUACAGAAUCAUAUAUUUAACAAAAGCAGUCCUAUUUCAGACAAGAUUGACAAGGUUAAAAAGACUGCAACUUCAAGACCAGGUUCAUCUGUAGGUUCUAGGAAAAACCAACAACAGCAGAAAGAGGAGCUAGUGUUUGAAGACAUUGAUGACGAUCUUGAUGACAGUAUUGCACAACUGUCUCUUGGUACAACGCAUGCUCUAACGGCAGACUUUGAAAGCAAACCAAUAUCAUUGGAACAGGCUAUGGCUCUCAAGAACCUUAUCUUUGGUUCAGCCAAAAGUUGUUUUAACCAGGAAUGGAGACAACAGAGUUUUAACUUCUGUGAUCAUUAUGGCUUGGAGUAUGGAAUUGUACAGCACAAGGGUGGACCUUGUGGUGUUCUUGCUGCCGUGCAAGCAUUUGUCCUUAAAAAUCUUCUGUUUGGAGAACAAAGAAAAUCAGAUUCAAGAAGCUGUCUACAGCCAUUGCCUCAUGAGAGGACUAAAGCAUUAGCAACAUCUAUCACUGAUAUCCUCUGGCAGGCUGGAGACUACAAGUCUGCAACAGUGGCACUACCAGCUGGAUUUGGCAACUCUAAUUUUGUUGGUGCUGGAAGAUAUAAACCUGAUCAACUCACUGAAAAUCUUGUUCUUCGUACAUACACUUCACGGGAUGGACUACAUUCUUAUAUUAAUCAACAAAUUAAACAGUUUGAGGACCAAUCCAGCAGUGGCUGUAUACUUUUACUCUAUUCUUCAAUAUUAUCAAGAACUAUCAAACAAGUCGCAUCAGAUAUGGAUGAUCCCAACAACGAACUUAUGGGUGCACAUGGAUACUGCUCCCAGGAAGUGGUCAACUUGAUCAUCACAGGCCGAGCAACAUCCAAUGCAUUUGAUAACGUGAUAGAAUUAGACUCUGGGGGGUCUUCGGCAGCAGUUCUACUCAAGGGGCUAGACAAACAGGCUGAUGUUGGAUUUCUGUCGCUGUUUGAACAUUAUGGCUCCUGCCAGAUUGGCAUGAACUACAAGAAUCCUAAGUUCCCAAUAUGGGUGGUAUGUAGUGAGAGCCAUUUUAGUGUGAUGUUCUCUACCAACAGAACAUUGUCAGAAGAGUGAUACAAGCCAGGAAUGUCCAGACUACCAGGAUGGAGAACUAGUGCCUCCUUUGGAACAUGUCAUAAGAACAAGAUGGAAGAAGGCAGUGAUAAACUGGAAUGGUACUGAGCCUAUUCUAUAAGAAGACUUGAUUAGCUGUCCAAGAAGAAGCAAACUGACCAUCUGUUGUAGGAGACAUCAUUGCAUACUAUCUUCAGUCAAUGUGCUCUAGCAUUUCUAUCCCAGAGUGUUCUUAAGCACAGAUGUGGCCAUUAUCUCCCUGGACGUGUUUCUUUGCUCAGGCGUAGCACUGAUUAGCAAUGCAAGCAUAAAGCAAACACCAACACGAUUAGAUUCAAAAUGUUUUCUAUUUAUUUUGACUUCUGCCUAGACAAGGACAAGGGGGGGAUCAGGUGACUAGACACAUAACUUCUGGAGUUGAAAAUAAUAAGAAAAAAUAGGUUAAGACCUAAAAGGGACACUAUGUGAUGCCUUCUUUAAGUAACACACAGUAACCCCCUUGAAUAUGUUCCAAUUGGUUUCUUCAACAGUGAAAAUGAGCUUACUGUAUUCUUAUUUUUGUGUAUGUAAUACAUAAUAUAGUACAUUGCUAGUGAAAACUUGUGAAGUAGCCUUUAGAGAUCUGGGUUUAAUAUACCCUUUUAAAAUAUGAUUUCUGGUAUUUAAUAUCACUAAUACAGACAUGAUUGCCA